AUGACACUGGCCGAGACGUCCGGCGCUCAGGCAGAGAGCACAUGGGAGGAGCAAGGCGGGGGCUGGCGGGGGAGGCAAGCAGAGGACAGUCUAGGACAGUGUGACAAAGCGACCGACGCGAAGCUUCCCCGACCUCGACACACCCACACCGACCAGCACGGCGGCGGGGAAAUGAAAAAUGUACAGCAGCCCCCGCCGCUCGGGACGCCGACGGAGCGCGCUCCCACGCCGCUCCGCUGCACGAUCGAAAUGAAAACGACGGGCUCCAAAAAAAGAAAGAAAAAGAAAAAUGCGAUCUCCUCAGAAACGAAAAAACAAACGAGGUGA